AGCUCUGCCUUGAAGCAAGGCCCAGAGGAAGACUUGGAGGCCCAGGAGACAAGUGUCCACCAUCAGCAGGAGGACUCUUUGGUUGUGGAUUGGAGGCUGAGCUCAGCCUUGAAGCAAGGCCCAGAGGAAGACUUGGAGGGCCAGGAGACAAGUGUCCACCAUCAGCAGGAGGACUCUUUGGUUGUGGAUUGGAGGCUGAGCUCAGCCUUGAAGCAAGGCCCAGAAGAAGACUUGGAGGCCCAGGAGACAAGUGUCCACCAUCAGCAGGAGGACUCUUUGGUUGUGGAUUGGAGGCUGAACUCAGCCUUGAAGCAAGGCCCAGAGGAAGACUUAGAGACCCAGGAGACAAGUGUCCACCAUCAGCAGGAGGACUCUUUGGUUGUGGAUUGGAGGCUGAGCUCCAUUUUGGAGAAGAAAGAACAAGAGAAAGACUUGGAGGCCCAGGAGACAAGUGUCCACCAUCAGCAGGACUCUUUGGUUAUGGAUUGGAGGCUGAACUCAGCCUUGAAGCAAGGCCCAGAGGAAAACUUGGAGGCCCAGGAGACAAGUGUCCAGUAUCAGGAGGACUCUUUGGCUCUGGAUUGGAGGCUGAGCUCAACCUUGAAGCAAAGGAUGGAGAAGAAAGAACAAGAGGAAGGCUCAGAGGCCCAAGAAGCAAGUAUUGAACAUCAACAGGAAGACCUGCACCCCUUUUUGGGUGUGAAUUGGAGGCUGAGCUCAGCCUUGAAGCCAAUGCCUGGAGAAGAAGGUGAGGAAGGCCUGGAGAGCCAGGAGCCAGGUGUUGAGCAUCAGGAGUUAGACCUCUUGGCUGUGGAUUGGGAGGCCCAGGACCCAGGUGUUGAGCAUCAGCAGAAGGAGCUGCAACCCUCCUUGGCUGUGGAUUGGAGGCUAAGCUCAGCCUUGAAGGAAAGACUGGAGGAGGAAGCCUUGGAGGUCCACCAUCAGCAAAUGGACUCCUUGGCUGUGGAUAGGAAGUUGGGCCCGGCCUUGAAGGAAGAGGAGGACGAGGAGCUGCGGGUGGUGGCCUCCUCCUUCAGCUUGGUGGAUGCUCAGGGUUUGCAACCAGGUGGAGGAGGCCUUGAGGAGGACGUGGAGGAGCAGGACGUGAGCCGGGAAGCCACGGAGCGGCGGAGGCGGAGGGGCCGGCGGCGGCGAAAGAGCCCACAACCGGGCUCCGGGGUGGACCUCUUCCCUGAAGACCCUGGCCUUGACUUUGGCCGGGAUGAGGGCCAGGCUUCUCCUUCUCCGGAGGAGGCUCCUUGGCUGCGGUCCGUCUUCGAGGCCCUGGACCGGGAUGGAGAUGGUUUCGUCCGCAUCGAGGAGUUUGUUCAAUUUGCCACCGUCUAUGGAGCAGAGCAGGUGAAAGACCUGACCAGGUUUUUGGACCCUGCUGGCCUUGGUGUGAUCAGCUUUGAAGACUUCUAUCGAGGCAUCUCUGCCAUCAGAAGUGGAGCGGAUCCUGACAACCCGCUCUGCGCCAUGGGCUACAAUGCCCACGAAGAGGCACCUUCGGCCUGUCCGGACGAGUUUGACGACUUCGUGGCAUUUGAGGCCAAUGAGGUGACCGACAGUGCGUACAUGGGCUCGGAGAGCACUUACAGCGAGUGCGAGACCUUCACGGAUGAGGACACUGGGACCUUGGUUCACCACGAGAUGCACGACGAGAUCGAAACGGACAGCGCCAUCGACUCCGCGGUGCACUCGGAGUUCACGGACCCCAUUGAGGAACCCGAGAACAGAUCUCCCUCCCACAGCUUAUCCUUGACCUCCGACGUCAACAGCCACUCCAUCGUCACCGUCAUUACCGGUGAGGAGCACUUUGAGGACUAUGGGGAAGGGAACGAGGUGGACCUCUUCUCCGAGAGCCUGUGCAAUGGAGAAAGCGGCUUCAGCAGCUCGUCCUUCCUUUCUCCCAGCACCAACCCACUUGCCGCGAAACUGCACAGCAUUAUCACUGACGAGGCGUUUGAGUUUUACUGUACGCAGUGCCACAAGCACAUCAACCGCCUCGACGAUCUCUCUGCCCGCCUGAGCGAUCUUGAAAUGAAUAGGGUCACUUCACACAACAUGCAGGGCAAAGAUGUCUUGCUGCCCGCCAUGCCUUCGGCCAGAGAGCUGUAUCCGAAUAAGAGGCUCUCGAGCAAGAAGAUAGCAAGGCACCUGCACCAGACCGGGAGCCUUGUGGUCGAUGCCAUGGAGGAGCCUUUCCAGAACAACACCCAGUGCCUGGAGGAGGAUAUCACCGACAAGGUGAUCUUCCUGGAGAAGAGGGUGACGGAGCUGGAAAAGGACACGGCUGCAAACGGGGAGCAGCACAGCCGCCUGAAGCAGGAAAACCUUCAGCUGGUGCACAGAGCAAACGCCUUGGAGGAGCAGUUGAAAGAGCAGGAGCUGAAAUCGGAUGAAGUCCUCAUGGAAGAAGUCCGGAAGCAGAGGGAGCUUCUCUGCAAAAUGGAGCGGGAGAAGAGCAUCGAGAUCGAGAACCUGCAAGCCCGAUUGCAACAGCUGGAUGAUGAGAACAGCGAACUGCGCUCCUGUGUUCCUUGCCUAAAAGCCAAUAUUGAGAGAUUGGAGGAGGAAAAGCGCAAGUUAUUGGAUGAAAUAGAAGAUCUCACCGUGCAGCUGAAUGAGGAGCAAGAGAACAAGAGGAAGCUGGGAGACAAGCUGAACCAAGAGAGACACCAGUUUCAGAAGGAGAAAGAAUCCACACAGGAGCUAAUUGAAGACCUUAGGAAACAGCUGGAACACUUGCAGCUCUUCAAGCUGGAGGCCGAGCAGCGAAGGGGCAGGAGCAGCAGCAUCGGCCUCCAGGAAUACAACAGCCGGACGCGGGAAACGGAGCUCGAGCAGGAGAUCAGGCGGCUCAAGCAGGACAACCGAACCCUGAAGGACCAGAACGAUGAGCUGAACGGGCAGAUCAUCAACCUCAGCAUUCAAGGCGCCAAGAACCUCUUCUCUGCGUCCUUCUCCGAGUCUCUGGCUGCAGAAAUCAGCUCAGUUUCCCGCGAUGAGCUAAUGGAGGCCAUUCAGAAACAAGAGGAGAUCAAUUACCGACUCCAAGACUACAUUGACAGGAUCAUCGUGGCGAUCAUGGAAACCAACCCGUCGAUCCUGGAAGUCAAGUAGGAUCCUCAGAGCCGUGGGCUUGCAGUCCUGAUGGCGCCUGUCUGUCAAUGAUGGAUUUGCUGCUCUGGGAAGAGAACACUGGCAAAAAAAAAUCCUUGCUCGGAAGCAAGAAGCCUCACAUCGGGACGGGAUGGGUGACGAAUCCUGGUGGAUUUGGGGAAAGAAAAGACCCGCCUCUUUUCCCUCCUGUGACUGAUGGGGGUGAGGCUGGGAUUGGCGGAAGGGAACCUCGAGCAGAGGAAGCGGCCGCCAAAGAAGAUGGAAAUGGGGCGGGAGCGACGAACAUAAACGCACACCACAUCACCCUGCGGACGGACACGGCGCUACAACUUGAAACUCCGUUCCCAUAACCUCACAACCCUUUCGACUUGCAACGGGUAGAGGAAUGAAGCAGUCGCGGUGGGAUGAGAAAGGGAACGGAGGCCCCGGACGCCUUGCCUUGCCCAUUCAUCUCAUCCUGAGAGUCCACCAAGAGCUGAACUUGGCGACACGUUCCUCCGUAGCAUUGUAGAGGUUCUCCAACAUGAAGCGUGGCUUCUCCUUACGUGGCCACAUGAAGCGUGGCAGUGACUUCUUGCAUAUCCAAAAUCCUUGGCGUUUCUCUCUCUCGUUUCCUUCGGAGCCGAAAAGCAUUUUUAAGGGUCUCCCACAGGUAUCUUACGGGGUUUGCUGCCUUAAAAGGACAAGACUUGACGUGCCGACCGUCAAAACAAAAUUGUGGGGAGGUGAAAAGUGCAGGGAACGGGACCCUUGGUGCCAUCUGGUUGACGGCGGAGUGGCCGCUGACGGGUGGCCCUUCGAGGCACGUAACAUGCGGGAUGGGGGGAUGCUAAGCCGAUAAUAAUGUAGGCCUGAUUCUCCCCAAUUCCUCCCCUCGACGAUGAAAACCACGCAAUUCCUCCGUCACGACACCCCUCCUUCUUUUUGUAACGUCUUUCCGUUGCCUAUCUUUUUGGUCACUUUGGAGCAGGAACAACAACUGGAACGACAAGGGUGAGGAGGAGAGAUCCAGGUGAAAGGCGGAAACGAUAUUCCCAAUUUCUACUCUCGACGACGAAAACCACGCAAUUCCUCCGUCACGGCACACCUUUUUCUAUUCAUAACGUCUUUCCGUUGUUUAUCUUUUUGGUCACUUUGGAGCAGGAACAACAACUGGAACAACAAGGGUGAGGAGGAGAGAAGCCAGAUGAAAGGCGGAAGAGAUAUUCCCAAUUCCUCCCCUCGACGACGAAACCACGUAAUUCCGCUAUCACCUUUUUCUAUUCGUAACGUCUUUCCGUUGCUUAUCUUUUUGGUCACUUUGGAGCAGGAACAACAACUGGAACGACAAGGGUGAGGAGGAGAGAAGCCAGGUGAAAGGCGGAAGCGAUAUUCCCAAUUCCCUCGACAACUAAAACCACGUAAUUCCUCUGUCACGGCACACCUUUUUCUAUUCAUAACGUCUUUCCGUUGCUAAUCUUUUUGGUCACUUUGGAGCAGGAACAACAACUGGAACAACAAGGGUGAGGAGGAGAGAUCCAGACGAAAGUCGGAAGCGAUAUUCCCAGCUCCUGAUACAACCAUGUUGGACACGUCAAAAAAACAUUUGGUUCACUGCGGAUGAAGUAGGCGAUAUCCGUUCCUCGCUCUGGCUCUAUAUUUAUGACGGUUUUUGCAUAUCUUGGGGAGAAAUUAAAGAGUUGUGUUGGAUCUUA